GAGCAGGGCUAUCGUCACAGAGAAGAAAAAGCAGCAUUGAGGUGUCAGCACAGCCAAAGAAGAUGGCGUGGAAGGCAGCAAGUUACUAUGGCCCACCACGAAUCAUCCAUCCAGAAAGAGAGCUGUCAAACAGCCAUCAAACACAACGCAACAGUCCAGCAUAAAACUUCUUUGUAAUUCCCAGCAGCAGAGUGUUUUAGGAAGGACACAAAUUCUAUUCACUCACUUGCAUGACUUCUCUUUUUGAUGAAUGUUGGGGGUGGGGUUGUGAAUACAGAAGAGCUGAGCUCUGUGGUUUUUACAGUUCAGGCCUUGAGAGAACAGCAACCAGACAUGUGAGUUAUCAGCUAAAACAAAAAGAAAACUAGAAGAGAAAAUGUUUAAAGAGAUCACAUGAGGCCAAGGUCUUCAAUCACAUUCAAGUUUGGAGACUGAAGAUUAGAUUGUAUGCACAAUAAUAAAUGGCAAGCUCCAAAUGCUGUGAAAACAGAUCUAAUUAGAUAAUAUGUGAGCCAAAGCCUUUACUCCUUUCCCCUAGCAGCUGUUUACAUAACACACCACCAAGGACAUCAGAUGUUCCUAAGUGAAGCUUCAGAAAUGAUGCUGUCAAACGUGGUGCUGGGUGUCUUCUUGUCCCUCCUCAUCCUCCUGACAGUCAGUGGAAACGUACUGGUGUGUCUGGCUGUGUGUGCCUCCCGACGCCUUCGCUGCCUCACUAACUGCUUCAUCGUCUCCCUGGCUGUCACGGACCUGCUGCUCGGCCUCUUGGUCCUCCCCUUCUCCGCCCUCCUCCAGCUCAACGACGAGUGGCCCCUCGGCCCUGUCUUCUGCAACUUCUACAUCUCCAUGGACGUCAUGCUCUGCACCGCCUCCAUCCUCACCCUGUUGGCCAUCAGCGUGGACCGCUAUCUGGCAGUGACCAUGCCUCUGAGAUACGCCUCACUGGUGUUGCCAUGGAGAGUUGCUGUUGCUAUGGCCUGUGUUUGGACGGUUUCGGUGGCUGUGUCUUUCUUGCCAAUCCAAAUGGGCUGGAACACUGUUAAUGGGACAGUUCAGAACCAGGGGCCCUGGGCUCCAGUAGGGAAAUGUCGUUUUGAGCUUAACAGACCCUACGUACUGACUGAUUCUCUCCUCACGUUCUACCUGCCUUUGGUGGCCAUGUGCUGGACGUACCUACAAAUACUUCGCAUUGCACAGGCACAGGCCAAACGCAUAGGCAGCACCCGGCCCACUUACAUCACCAGCUACAACUCUAGGAACAAUCCCCCCAUCAGCACCACGUUGGUUUCCAGUGUUACAGCUGCUGCUCUGCGGGAGCACAAAGCCACAGUGACUCUGGCAGCAGUAGUCGGAGUCUUUGUGGGGUGCUGGCUGCCGUAUUUCAUCUUGUUCACAGUGUUGGGCCUUAAGGAGCAUCCAGACCCCAGCACAGUUCCAGAAUUUCCAAUUGUGUUGUGGCUGGGUUACACUAACUCAGCGCUCAACCCACUGCUCUAUGGAGCCCUCAACAGGGACUUCCGAUCAGCCUACACCCAUCUACUGAGGUGUCGGUGCCCUUCUUACAGUGGGUGGAGGAGCAGGAAGCAAUCUUCAACUGGAACAACAGGAAGAGACCAUAUCACAGAGGUGACACUGCUGUGCGGCCACAUACAUGUCACCUGCAGGGCUGGUGAAACGGAUCAAAACUUAAUGCGUCGAGAAAUAAACAAUGGGACAGCCACAGAAACGGUCCAAUCUGUAAAUUGCAUUGCUGCCACAGAUGUCAAUGGCACAGAAAGCUGGUGCUGAGCCUUUGCUUGUAAAGUGGAUGUUGUUUCCAUACUAAGGUUGCAUUCAGCUACCUGACGUAUCAGCCCAAAGAGCAAGAGGAAUGGACAACAGAAGGAACAGAGAUUGUCAGCCCGACUAUUGUCAAGUGUUCAGUGCCCGCAGUAGACACAGGCAUAGUACAGCAUCAAUCAUUAAACUCCACACCUCAUGAUCCUGACAAUCACAGCCAGCCUUUGGAGGACUGAAAAAAAGGUGAUGCCUCUAUGUGGAUGGAGCUAAAAGUCAAAUCUUCUUACUGCUCUUCCAACCAUCACUGGGAAAACGCCUUGCUUAGAUAGGCUCUCAAUGCUUUGGUAGGACUAAAUGAGGUCACCUGAAAAACUUGCCUGUCAUUAUUUUCAAGAACAAUCUCUUUUUAUGCAUUCCUCAGUGAACAAGCCUGUCAAUCUUAACCUGGACAAAGUCAAUGGAAAUUGAUUUUUCACACAAGUAAAUGCAAUGGUGAAAGGAUUGAUACUGCUUUUGCACUUCAUACUUUAUGCAGAAUGAGCUGAAUUGUGUGACAUUUAAAUGUGCAGCAUACAAACUAAUGCUAUGUGUCUAUUUGAAAAAUGCUGCUGCCUCCACAUUUUGUCUUUGACAUUGUUCAUUCAGUGGCAUAAAACUGACAAAUGUAUGCAUUGUAUCGCACUGCAAAUUAAACUGAGAAAAUGCCAUGCUCUGCUCCACCAGAAUAGAAAAUUACAAGAACACAGUACGAAUAAAGAGCCGCUUUAAUAAAGAAUGUAAUAUAUACUGCAGUUUUCAGGAGUAAAUAAAGAUGUAGUCAAAAUAUGGAUAGGGAUUAUCAUGGUGCAUGAAAACACAGAACGGAUGGUAAGGAAAACAAGAACAAUGGAAUCAAUUCAUCACAGCUGUCACCAAACAUUGCCUCAAACUACUCCCACAUUAACACCUAACCUUUUCCAUACUUCAAGCUAUUUCCUUGAGGACUGCCACAGAAGUAGAAAUAACACAGUGCACAUCUAUCUGCAUGUCAGAUACCAGCUGGAAACAAACCAUUCAGGCACAGGACACUCCUGAUGGGUAUCUAUAACAUCUAAGAGCUUUAGUGCAGUCACCUGCAACUACCAAGGUCUGUAGCUCGGGUUGAUGGCGACUGCUAUAAUGCCAUAAUACUAUGUUAAACAAGCACAGAUGACUGAUGACAUCUUGUGGAGCAGAGUAAUGUGUAACCAACAUAGGCAUGUAGAUGUUAACCUGCAUGGAGGACUGAAGGCGGGUGGUGCUAGCUCUGCUAUCUAUAGUCACACUUGUUGUAGCAUAUUCUCCUCAGCAAUUUGACAUUGUUUACCCACAGACUCCAUGAUACCCUUUUUGCCAUGUUAAAUAAAUUGUGCUCAAUUUU